AUGUCAUUAACUAAAGGAGAUAAAUCUGCGUCGAAAUACAAUCAAGAACCUGAAAAUAAUAAUGACGCUGAGAUUAAUCAAACCCGUCCAACAACAGCUGCAUCCGAUCCUAAAAGUAAAUGGCUGCCAGCUCAUAGUGAUUAUGUUGCAGGAAUUAAUACAGUUGAAACAUGUAUAGAGCUUGUAGAUUUGUAUGCGGAAGGCUCAGUUAAUUUAGUUAUUGCUGAUUUUGGAAAUAUUCUUCUAGUACCGAAAUUACAAGCCAAACUAAAAGUAUUCAAAGGAUUUUCCCUACUAAAAGAAAAUAAUCUUUCAGAUUUACCAUGUGCUGUUGUUGCUUGUUAUACAGAUAACCUUCAGCCGAGAAUUCCUGCGCUGGCAGUUGCCUCUGGUCCUGCUGUUUUCCUGUUUAAAUCACUUCGACCCUAUUAUAAAUUUGUAUUACCUCAAUUAGAAAUAUCUCAAGUAGAAAAAGAUGUUUGGCUCAAAGCAAGAGAGAGUAAUAUUGACAUUCAAGCAAUGCAUGAUAUUCUUAAUGAUCUUCAUCGUACCGGUUCGACUAUUUUAACAAACCGAUCUUUCAUGUUUUUACAAAUGACAAACAACACUGAGGCACAACAGUUCGUUGAACAUUUUAAAAAUAUUGAAUUAAAACGGCAGAGUUGUAUAACGUGUAUGAAAAAAUUAAAUAAAAAUUGCGCUGAUGAAGAUGCAAUUAAUUGUCUUGUAAUUGGUACUGAGGAUCAAAAUAUCUAUAUAGUUGAAUCUGAAGCAUUCACAAUACUCGCUACCAUGAAUUGUCCUGCAACUCCAUCAUUUCUUGAUGUAUCCGGUAUUUAUGAUGUUGAAUUUCGUAUCUUAGCCGCUUGUCGUAAUGGAUAUAUUUAUUUAUUUCGAAGAGGAAGCGCACAACCACGAAAUUCUAUUUAUUUAAAUUCAAUUGCUGUUGGUCUUGAACGUUUUGGUAAAAAUAUAAUUGUUGGUUGUAUGGAUUCAUCAUUACAUUGUUAUACAACAAAAGGUAAACGCUAUUGGAAACACAUACUACCAGCUCAAAUCACUGCAAUGUGUCAGAUUGAUUAUCGUCCAAGGGGUUUUCAAGCUGUAGCUGUUGCAUUAGCAAAUAAUGAAAUACAUUUAUAUAAAGAUAAAUUUCUUGUUGAUGUUAUUCAAAUUGAAGAAAAUGUUUAUGCAAUGAAAUUUGGACGACUAGGACGAGAAGAUGCAACAUUAGUAAUGGUUACAAAAAAUGGUGGUCUCGUACUGAAAAUUCUAAAACGUACAGCAGUCUUUGAAGAAAGCGAUGUACUUCAUGGUCCACCAAAAGAGCAACAAGUUAAAAUUGAUGUACCAAAACGAACCAAACUCUAUGUCGAUCAAACCUUACGUGAAAAAGAACAAGCAGAAAAUAUGUAUCGAAUAUUUCAACAAGAUUUAAUUCGUUUGAAACUAUUAACCGGUAAAGAAUUUCUUAAAUCAAUACAAGCUGGACUAAAUCCAAUCGCUAAAACAAAAACCGAAGCUAUAAGAAUCAAUGCUGAAGUUCAUGGUCUCGGUCCGCGAUUUAAAUUAACAAUUAAACUUCAAAAUACAUCAGCAGCAACGUUAUCGCCGAUUAUAGAUCUUUUUCUAUCAUUUACAUACGAUGAGAAUAUUUAUAAUCUCAAUCCGAACUACAUCGAAAUUCCAAUUCUUAUCAACGGAAUCGAAUACGGUUUUUGCUCAUUUGUUACUUGUAUUACUGACAAAGCAAUUUCGGAUACAAUCAAAGUUUUUGUUUGUCGACGCGAUUCAACAGCGCCAUUAAUAUCUGCGGCUAUCAAUAUGCCUAUUGCUGAACCGAAUAUUUCGAUAUGA